CCUUCUUGCGAUGUCUUCUGAAUCAGUGAAACUAACGAAGCAAAGAUGUCGUCCAUGCUGCGCUUCCCCUUCUCGUUUCUUCAGCCCCAACGGCCUCAAUUCCCUCGCCCAUUCACUGCAUUCGCCGCAGCCGCCGCCGUAUCCUCCUCCGACCGCUCCUUUCUCCGGAAUGCUCUGAAUUCCUUCUUCUCUGUUAACCCAUCAAUGCCUCUCUUGGGUUCUCUGAGUUUAGCCGACAGUGGGGUUUGCGUGGUUGAGGCAAAAACCGGAACUUCGUUCCCUUCGAUUUUAGACAGUUCUCAGAAACUCUGCGGAAUUGGGCUGCGGAAAAAAAACGUUUUGGGAUUGAAGAACAUUGAUGUAUACGCUUUUGGUGUUUACGCUACUGAUGAGGACAUAAAGAGACAUCUUUCUGAGAAAUAUGGGAAGUUGUCUGCGUCUGAAUUGCAGGGCAAUAAGGAGUUUACUGAAGAUCUUAUGGAAAGUGAUAUAUCCAUGACAAUUAGACUUCAAGUUGUCUAUGGGAGAUUGAGCAUUCGUUCUGUACGUAGUGCAUUUGAAGUGUCUGUAGGAAGUAAGCUGCAAAAGUUUGGGGGAUCGGACAAUAAGGAAUUGCUUCAAAGGUUCACUUCACAAUUUAAAGAUGAAUUCAAAAUUCCUCGUGGAUCUGUAAUUCAUCUCUCAAGAGACAAGGGCCAUGUUCUUCGCACAUCAAUUGAUGGACAGGAAGUGGGAAGCAUCCAGAGUAAACUCCUAUGUAAGUCAAUUCUAGAUUUAUAUUUUGGUGAGGAACCAUUUGACAAUCAGGCCAAAGAAGAAAUUGAGCUCAACAUGGCUUCUUACCUGUAGAGUUAUAAUGUUAAAUUAAGAAAUCUUCUUUAAGACAUGAAUUCUAUACCCUUGUCAAUUUCGUGCUUCGAGUAAUUUUGGUUUGCUGACUCAUUAUUAUUAAUUUAAAUGAGGGCGAGCCCUGGUGCAGCGGUAAAGUUGUGCCUUGGUGACUUGUUGGUCAUGGGUUCGAAUCCGGAAACAGUCUCUUUGCAUAUGCAAGGGUAAGACUGCGUACAUUAUCCCUCCCCCAUACCUUCGCAUAGCGAAGAGCCUCUGGAUAAUGGGGUACGAAGUUUUUUUUUUACUCAUUAUUAUUAAUUUAAAUAUGUUGAUGUAUACCUUGAGGUUCAAGAUUGCAAUAUGAAUUUAGUCCUAUUUCUAAUUAGUAUCUUA